AUGCACACGUUCGCAAACCCAAACCCAGCCUUCGUACCCGGUACACCGAAAGAUCCCAAUGCAGAGUAUACAAAGACUCUGGUGAUAGGGCGCAAGAAAGAGGAGAACACACUUUGGGUCGAUACAGAGUUGGAGGACAUGCUGGCUCCCAAGGGACCUCUACGGACAGCAAUCUACGUGGUAGACGACAAAGACGCGGAACUGCACCCUCCGAAAAACAAGGGACACGAGGCAAUGGUGUAUCUCACAUAUAUCAUUGACAACUACGACAAUCUUUCCGAUGUCAGCAUCUUCAUGCACGCACAUCGCUACGCCUGGCACAACAACGACAUUAUGGAUCUGGACUCUGCGCAAAUGGUCCGUAAUCUGAAUCCCAAUCAUGUCAUCCGACACGGUUAUGUCAACCUUCGCUGUCACUGGUCUCCUGGCUGUCCUGCAGAAGUCAGUGGUAUUCAUCCUGGAGCGCUAGUCGCCAAUGCACAGAGACAGGAGGAAAUGAUUAUUGCAGAAGCUUGGAGUGAGAUCUUUCCUCUAGACCCUAUUCCGCCAACAUUGUCGCAGCCUUGUUGUGCGCAAUUUGCGAUCAGUAGGGAACGGAUACAGGCUUUGCCUCUGUCCAAGUAUAUCUACUACCGGGACUGGCUACUGAAAACAUCUCUUUCGGACAGUUUGUCAGGUAGAGUGUUUGAGCAAAUCUGGGUUGUCAUCUUUGGCGGCGUCGCGGUAGAUUGCCCUGCGAUGCACCUCUGUUACUGCGACGGUUAUGGUUAUUGUUUCGGUGGCGCCGACAAAUAUGCUGAGUUCGACGACCUACGUUAUGUUCUCAGAGAUCGCGAAGAUGAGAUGAGAACAAUUCGCAAGAAUGAAGCUCUGAUCGAGGAGGCCGAGUCUGGAGGGCGAGUGCCAGAAGAGACGGACAAUUUGGUAAUACCGGAGCCAGGGCGCAAAGAAUGGAUCCACGAUCAGAUCGAUAUACUGCGCAUGGAUCUCACCAUCCGGCGACGCGAGGCUAAGGUAAGAGGGCAAGAUGCUCGAAACCGAGCUGCAGAGGCAGGUCGAGAGUGGAAAGAGGGAGAUGGAUUCUAG